UGGAAAAAAUAACUUAAUAGCUGAUAAAACGCAAAAUCAAUUUUCAGUUAAAUAUUUUUCGCAGCUCUAAAAGUAUCGAAAUUACAAUCAUAGUAAAAAUAAUAUAUAUUGUGAAAUAGUUUUGAUAAAGUUUGCUCUACCAAUAAUUAUAUACUAAACCACUCUUUGGAAUCUAUUGAUAAAGAAAAAUGGGCAAAAAAAAUAAAUAUAAGAAGUCCGAAGCGGGUGGAUCAACUGAAGGGCAACCUAAAGGAAAUCCGCAACAGCAACAACAACAACAACCUGGACCAUCUCAACAAAGGCAACCUGAACAUCAACACGAAAAAAAUGCUGGCACUGCAUCAUCUACGACUGAAAAUGUUACUAAAGAAACUCAAGGACCAGGACAGCAAAAGAAACAACAACGUCCCCAACAGCAGCAAGCUCGACCACAGCAGAAACGUCCCCAACAGCAGCAGCAGACCAGACCACAGCAGGAACGUCCCCAACAGCAGCAGCAGACCCAACCACAGCAGGAGCGUUCACAACAGCAGCAAUCCGGUUCACAGCACUCGCAACAGCAAGGGCGUCCACAACAGCAGGAGCGUACACAAUACCAGGAACGUCCCCAACAGCAGCAAGCUCGACCACAGCAGGAACGUCCCCAACAGCAGCAGCAGACCCGACCACAGCAGCAGCAGACCCGACCACAGCAGCAACGUCCCCAACAGCAGCAGCAGACCCAACCACAGCAGGAGCGUACACAAUACCAGGAACGUCCCCAACAGCAGCAGCAGACCCAACCACAGCAGGAGCGUACACAAUACCAGGAACGUCCCCAACAACAGCAACAACAGUGGCGUUCACAACAGCAGCAAUCCGGAUCUCAGCACUCGCAACAGCAAGGGCGUCCACAACAGCAGGAGCGUCCACAACAGCAAGGGCGUCCACAACAGCAAGGGCGUCCACAACAGCAGGAGCGUCCACAACAGCAGGGGCGUCCACAACAGCAGGAGCGUCCACAGCAGCAAGGGCGUCCACAACAGCAGACGAGAUCACAACACCAACAAGGUUCACAGUCCCAAGAGCAAUCACCACUGCAUGAACCGCCGCAAACUCCAUCACGUCAAUCAAGCGUUUCACAUUCCUCAUCAAGUGCAUCGAUUUCGUCAGCUAUUUCACAAAAUAGCAUACCACCUGGUACCCUAGGCAUUAAGGGAGAAAGUGAAACCAACUAUUUAUUGAUGGACUUGAGUAAAAUGCCGAAUAAGGCGUACCAUUAUGACGUUACUAUCACUCCGGAUCGACCAAAGAAAUUUUUCAGAAACGCUUUCACACAAUUCAUAAAUACGUAUUUGCCAGGUCAUUUUGCUGGAUUCGAUGGAGUGAAGAGUUGUUACAUGUUAGAAAAGUUACCAAAACAAGUUUAUGAAGGCGAUGUGACGAUUGCCGAUUCUGCUUCACGGCAAAUUCAGUUCAAAAUUUCGAUCAAGCCAACAGACAACAUUGAAGUAGAUUUGGGAUCGCUGCGAACAUACCGUAAUGAUCGUAUUUAUGACAAGCCAAUGCGUGCUCUACAAUGUAUUGAGGUGAUUUUAUCCAAUGCUUGUCAACAAAAGGCCUUACGCGUCGGUCGUUCCUUCUUCACACGACCCAAUACCACAUUAGAUCUUGAUGGAGGAUUUGAGUUAUAUACUGGUCUUUACCAGGCAGCCAUUUUAGGCGAUGAGCCUUACUUAAAUGUAGACAUUUCCAAUAAGUCAUUUCCAAUGGCCUUAACUUUGCUUGAUUUUUUAAGCAAAGUGAAAAAUGUUAGUCUAGAUCGCAGUUUAGAUCAAAGGAGUUUAAACUCCCUUAGUACUCACAUUAGAGGGUUAAAAAUCGUUUAUACCCCCCCAGCUUCUUUUGGUGCUGCACCACGUUCUUAUAAAGUAAACGAAGUUAGCAGGGAAUCAGCAAAUUCUUUGUCUUUUAAAAUUGACACUGGAGAGAAAUUGACAGUUGACCGCUACUUUGCUAGCCGCGGUUACCGGUUAAAAUAUCCUCAUUUAAAUUGUGUUGUAGCUGGAUCUUCAGUAAAGCCGAAUUAUCUACCCAUUGAGUUAUGCAGCAUUGAACCUGGACAAGCAAUUAAGAGAAAAGAUGGCGCAGAGCAAGUUAGAAAGAUGAUUCGAUUUGCUGCCACAUCAACGGAUGAGCGUAAAAGGAAGAUUAUGGAAAAGCUUCAAUAUUUUAUGCAUAACAACGACGUGCUUUUGCAAAAAUUUGGAAUUAGGAUUGGUAACCAAUUCAUAAAGGUACCAACACGGUUACUCAAAGCACCAUCAAUUGAAUAUCGGCUCGGCAAACUCGUAGACCCUCGAAAUGGUUCCUGGCGCAAUUUAGAAUAUUUGCAAACUGGAGUAGCAUUGAAGAAAACUGGCUAUAAGUGGGCUAUCAUUUAUUCACAAUCCAGGUUUUUGCGAUAUGACACGCUACAACAACUAUCAGACAUGCUAUUUAAAGGUGCUAAAAGGAUGGGUAUAAAUUUGGAUUCCGAAAGAGAGGUACAAGAAACCAGAGACAUAGUUGGAACAUUGGAGCAAUAUAAAAGAAAAGAUUACGACUUGGUUGUUGUAGUGAUUCCUAAUUAUGGUACUACAUAUGCGGAUAUAAAACAAAAGGCCGAAUUGGUUUGCGGGCUACUGACCCAAUGUAUCAAAGAAGGUACUGUGAGUCGAAGGUUGGACGACCAAUUAAUUUCCAAUCUGCUAUUAAAAAUUAAUUCAAAGCUGAAUGGAUCCAACCAUAAAAUAUCAGCUAAAUCUCAUAUUGAACUUGAUCACCCCAUGUUUAUGGGGGCGGAUGUCACUCAUCCGUCACCCGAUCAACGGAGCAUACCUAGCGUUGUUGGGGUAGCUGCUUCCCAUGAUUUAAAUGGAGCUUCGUACAAUAUGCAAUAUCGAUUGCAGGAGGGAGCGAAAGAAGAAAUAGAUGACAUGCAAAGCAUAAGUCGUCAUCACUUAAAUGUUUAUUACCAAAAGCAUAAAUGCUAUCCCAAGAACAUUAUAUAUUAUCGGGAUGGUGUCUCCGAUGGUCAAUUUAAGAAGGUCAAUAACUUCGAAGUAAACGCUAUACGAGCAGUCUGCAAAGAACUUAAAAUUUCACCGAAAAUUACAUGUAUAAUUGUGGUCAAACGGCAUCAUACUCGGUUCUUCCCAACAAAACCCACUGGUGACAAGUUUAAUAAUGUCUUGCCCGGCACUGUCGUUGAUCAAAAAAUCGUACACCCGAAUGAAACGCAGUUCUUUAUGGUAAGCCACCAGUCAAUUCAAGGCACGGCUAAGCCCACACGAUACAAUGUUCUCGUGGAUGAUGCAAAAUUUUCUAUGGAUGAGCUGCAAAUGAUGACCAACAAUUUGUGCUACAUGUUUCCACGUUGUAAUCGCGCUGUUUCGUAUCCAGCUCCAGCUUACCUGGCUCAUUUGGUUGCAGCACGGGGACGUGUUUAUAUCGACGGACCCCCUCUAAGGCGAGGACUUCGUGAAGAAUAUAAUAAGCGCUUAAUUAACGAGUCCUUUAUGCGAAAUACACCAAUGUUCUUUGUCUAAAGAAUAUAUCCAUAUCCAUCUUAAUAACUUUUGCUUUUCUGCAUUAUUUUAUGCUACAUUUUCUAACAUCCAUAUAUAAUCGAUUAUCUACAGAAUUACAAUAUUAUGUCAUAUGUCACAUCUGCACAAUGACAAAUACAUACAUAUAUACUACACUUUAUUUAACAUUCUUAUAACAACAUAAUAUAUACAUAUAUACAUUUGAAAUGAAAAAUAUGAUAUAAAACUGAUUUACUAAAUUAAGUGCCUGGAAUAAAACUCCAUGUGUACUUUA